AUGAAAUCGUCCAAUGAAGAUAUUCAUUUAUUCGAUGACAGUGAGCAUCUCGACUCUCCUGACAUCCCACAUAAACCAAAUAUAGAUAAUAAUAAUAAUUUAAAUAAUAAUAAUAGUAAUAAUAGUAAUAAUUUAAAUAAUAAUAAUAAUAAUGAAGAAUUUAUUGAAAAUGAAGAUGAAGAAAAUAACAAUAAUCAAAUAGAUGAACAACAACAACAACAACAUGAACAUCAAGAAGAACAACAACAACAACAACAACAUGAGGGUGAUGCCGAUGCUGAUGCUGAUGCUGACAACAUAGGGAUGAAUGGUGGUGGUGUACAUCAACAACAUGAAGGUGAAGGAUCGUCAGAAGAUGUCGGAGCAGAGACUGACCAGAUGGUUACGAUUCACCAUGAGCAUUUACAUCAGCAUCAUGAAGAUGCUCAUUCUCAUUCGCAUGCUCAUGGUCAUGGACAAGAGAUGGCCGAUGUCGAUCAACAACAUGAACAUGAACAUCAUCAUAUACAUCACCAUCACCACCACCAAAUGCAACACCAUGACAUCGAUGAUGAGUCGGAUGUGGUAGUCGUCCAGGAGCAUAUGCACCACGAAGUAGUCGAUGGUGUCCACCAUCACCAGACACAACAAGAGCACGUCCAUGACCACGGUGAAGAACACCAGCACCACCAUCAUCAUGAACACGUUGGCAUCGGUAUUGUCGUGCAACCCGAAGAAAUCAUAGAUAACACUCACCAUGUGAUUGUCGUUGACGACCAAAAGUCACGUAAAUCCCUACAGGACGAGCAGAUGGACGUUCACUUUGAAUCCGAUGGCCAACUUCAUCUUCAGUCGAUCGAGCACCAACAUCAACAUCAGCAUCACCAACAUCAACAUCAACACCAAUUGCAACACGACGAUAUGAUUGUAGAUCAACAUCAGGAACAACAACACCACCAACACCAUCAACAUCAACAUCAUCAUCAACACCACCAACAUCAUCACCAUCAGCCAAUCCAGAGUGUAGUCGAUGGACUUGUCGUCGACGAAGCAGACGGACAUCACUCUGGUCAACUGGAAACAAUCGUCCACCUAACUGAUGAGGUUAUGCACCAUGAGCCACAACACGAGCAUUCCGAACACCACCAACAUCUACUACAUCACCAACACCACCAAGUUGUAAGCCAGCACGUCGAACACACUUCUCAGCAACAGCAGCAACAACAACAACAGCAGCAACAACAACAACAACAUCUCGAUCAACAAUCUCUUCACAUUGAGCAGAUACAACAACAACAGCAGCAACAACAACAAUCAGACCAAGAUCAACAAGUUGGAUUAGUUAUUGUUGAGCAGCACGUGAUCGAUCAGGUGCAAGACCAACAACAAACACCUGUAAUUCAACAACAACAACAACAACAGCAACAACAACAACAAGAACAAGACCAACAAAUACAAUCUGUUCAACAAGUUAAACAACAACAACAAGAUAAUAAUGAACAAAUUACACUUCAACAACAAUCACAAUCACAACAACAACAUCAAACACAACAACAACAAGAAGAAGAACAAAUGCACAUAGAAGAGAUUACCAGUCACCCACUCCAACACCCACUCCAAUCACAAGCACAACAACAGCAUCAAACACAACAACAACAAAUGACUAUAUCAGAACAUCCACAUAUGAUUCUUGGUGACUCGAUGGAAUCGGUUCAGAAUCAACGUGCAACCGAGCCAAUGAAACCAGAGACCCAAAAGACAUCCAAUGCUAUUAAACAAAAGAAAUACAGAGACGGUUUAAAGAGAAAGCAAGAGGAAGCUGACAAAAGACUGAAAGAUUUGGUAGAAGAGAAUCGUAUAUUACAAUUCAACUUGGAUAGAUUAAAAGAUAUAGAAAUCGAAAAGAAUAUAUUGGUUCGUGAAUUACAAAAGUUAAAAUAUGAUAUAGAACAUGGACAAAUUCAUUUGAAUAAUAAUAUUAAUAGUAAUAAUAAUAAUAAUAAUAAUAAUAAUCAUCAUCAAACCAUUAAUAAUAAUAAUAAUAUUCAAGAUAUUGAAAUGAUAGAUACACCUCAAACAACAACAACAACUACAACAACUACAACUUCAUCAACAACCUCCACACCACCACCACCACCACAACCACUCAGCUCAACACCAUCAAUAGGCGACAUGCCUCAACUUGAUCAUAUACAACCACGCUAUCGUGAUGAAAUCCUGCAUUUCAAGGAGAAGAGAAAACUAAACUUUUUCCAAGCUGACGAGGGUGAGCACAUAGACGACCUUCACAUCAUGACCACCAAUACCUAUCUCAGCCAGACCAAUGAGCAUCCACAACACGACCAGCAUGGCAAUAUCAUAGAGGAUCCAAAGCAGAUCGCCAGUAGAAGAAAGAUAGAGUGUGUCGGUCUCAGUGACGAUGUUUUCCACUCGGCUUUCAAGAAAGAGUGGUUCCCGCCAUUCAGUGAGACCACCGUAGUCCAGUUGGACGACGAGCUAUACAUCAACUGCAAAGCACUGGACUGCAUGGAUCAAUCGUGUUUCGGUGUCUGCUACAAGUGUGGCAUCGUUCGUGCUCAAUUCCUUCAGAAGCGAGACGAAUGUGCACUGCAGGAGUACGAACAACAUCAAAUCAUACAUCAACAUCAAUUGCUACAAGCUCAACAAGCUCAACAACAAGCUCAACAACAACAACAUGUACAAUCACAAUCAACCAUCUCACAUCAAACUCCUUCCUCUUCACCCUCGCCAAUUCUAACUCCAACUUCCACCUCCACUUCAACACCGUCCAAAUCAGAGAGUAGCAGUAGAGACAAUCAUCAUAAAUCUAGCACUCCCAAGAGCACCGAAAAGACGUCCAGUACAUCUUCAAAGAGAAAACGUCAAAAGAAAGAAAAAGAAUCGAAGGAAUCAACUAAAGAACCAAAGGUAUCCGCUAAGGAAUCUGCCAAGGAAGACAAGGAAGAAGACAAGGAAGACAAGGAAACUAAGGAGCAGCAUAAACAACCAAAGGAACCUAUUGUAAUCGCACCAAUACCACUACAAAUUUCAUCUUUACCACCAACCAGAAGAAGAUCAGCCGCAAUGAAACUACACCAACAACAACAACAAGCUGCCGCUGCUGCUGCCGCUGCCGCACUUCAACAACAGCAACAACAAACUAAUUAUGAACUUCCUGAAUCACAAACUACUCCACCAGGAUCACCAUUUUCACAAACCAUUUCAACAUCACCUGAAAUUGUACAAAAUAUAACAACCACCACAACAACCACAACUUCAAAUUCUGUUGAUCAACAACAACAAAAUACAGAUACUACAGAAUAA